CAGCAGCUGUACUGAGCUACUCCAGCUUCCACCCGUUAAAGUCGUCUUCCAGUUGUCCCCUAGUAAAGCUGCUCUCGGGGGCCAUUCACCUUCAUAUAACAGUUAUCUUAAAAUGUCUAGUCGGCUGCUCCUCAGGGCUUUCGUAAACGAGCGACUGACAGCUGCUGCCGAGGAAAUAUUUCAGGUUUUUGAAAGAACAAUAGCAACAUAUGAGGAAGAAGCUUCCAGCUCAAAGCAGGAGAAUGAACGUCUCCGAGGUCUGCUGCUGGAGGUCGUGUCAAACCAGAAAACAGACUUUUCUCAGUCAUCCACCUGUAAAGAGGAAAGUCCCCCCGAGCAGCAGCACUGCGAGCUGGAGCCCAGCCUCAGCGUCUGUCACAGGGACCUAGAGCCUCGACACAUUAAAGAGGAACAUCACGAACUCUGGGCCGACCAGCAGCAGCAGCAGCAGGUUCAAGAGUUUAAGGAGGCUGACGUCUCAUAUCUACCUCAUUCAUCUGUCUGGAAGGAAAAUGAGCAGGGGGAGACGAAACCGCCUUUGCCACCUCAAAAUGGUGAAAGUGAGGAGCAGUGUCAGGCGCUGCAGGAAACGAAAGCUCUGCGGUUCAUACUACCUUUCACCGCAACUCCGUCUUCACAAACUCUGAUCCAGAAUGAAAGGGUCCAAGAUGGUAGGGAAAAUGAGAGACCUGCUGCAAGAUUUACAUCUAACCGAACACAGACAGACCAAAGUCAGAGUUCCUUCAUUGCUUCCAGAAAAUCUCACUUGAAUUCAGGUGUAUCUGACAAUUGUUGCCAUUUGUGCGAUAAAUCCUUUUCCUCCAAUCAUCACUUGAUAAAUCAUGCUUUUCGCAUGCAUUCAAAGGACGCAGAUGUCCUCUGUGCUGUGUGUGGACAGACCUUAGAGUCCACCGAAAGUCUCAAUGUGCACCUUCAAUCACACAAGGGCUCAAAAUGUUGUCACGUGUGUGGUAAACACUGCAACAGUGUGUCCGCUCUGAAUGAACACAUGAGCAGCCACACCGGCGUUAAACUGCAUCGCUGUAAUGUUUGUGGCAAAGAGUGCAGCCGGAAAGGAGAUUUAAAGAUCCAUAUGAGGAUUCACACGGGCGAGAAGCCUUUCUGCUGCUCUUAUUGUUGUAAAUGUUUCACCCACAGUGGACAUCUAAGGAAGCACAUGAGAAGCCACACAGGCGAGAGGCCGCACCGGUGUGAAGUCUGCGGCAGAGGGUUUCUACAGAGUGCACACCUAAAAUACCACUUAGGGACUCAUGCUCAGAAAUGUUGACUUUCAUCCAUCUAGGUGCAUAUUAUACAACCCUGCUUCCAAAAAAGUUACGCUGUGUGAAAUGUAAAUUGAAACAAAAUGUGAUGUGCAAAACAUUGAAACUCCAUGUUUAACUGAAAAUAGCCAACUUCAUCAAAUGUUGAGACUGAAAAAAAUUGUUUGAGAAUUAUACGCCCAUUUAGAAUUUGAUGCCAGCAACACACUUCAAAGCAGUUCAGUCAGUGGCAACAAAAGACUGGAAAAGUUGUGAAAUGCUAAAAGCAAAACACCUGGUGGAACAUCUUGCAAUUCAUUAGGUCAACUGGUUAGUAAGUUAGUAACGUGAUUGGGAUGCUCUUUUUAUACCCAGUCUUAAGUAAAGAUGUGGAGGGGUUCACCACUCUGAAAGACUCCGCUGGUAAAUUUAAGAAAAAUGUUUCUUAACAUAAAAUUGUAAAGAAUCUGGAGAUUUCAUUAUCUGCAGUCAAUAAUAUCAUUAAAAGAUAAAAAAAAAAAUCAGAAUAAAUCUCUGUACGCAAGGAACAAACCAAUAUUGGAUGGCCGUGAUCUUCGGGCCCUCAGACUGCAUCAAAAACAGACACAAUUCUGUAGUGGGCAUUACUGCAUGAGCUGAAGAACACUUCCAAAGAUCAGAGGAAACCUUAAAUAAACCAGAUCCAGAAAAGCCGUACGUCGUCUGCGGGCCCAAGCUCAUUUAAGACGUCCUCCGGGCAAAAGAGUACCGGGACCAUCCGGCUUAUAUGUGCACAGUGUAAACGCUAGCGUCUGUGGUCAUAUGGGUGUGCAUUAGUGCACAUGGUAUGGGUAACCUCGUUUGUGAAGGCAACAUUUUGGAGUAACAUGCUGCCAAGUAGACAACUUCAGGGUCUUUUUUCAAGGAUGGCCAUGCUU